AUGCCGCUUUCUAUUCCAAAGGCGAUUGAGACCGUGAGGCGUUACGUUGCCGACCAGCGCGAUGACGCAACUGGCUCCGUAGGGAAUACUACAUGCUUGCACUCAUCAGCUGUUGAGGUGUGCGAAGACCCGCAGCGACGGAUACUUCCGGCAUUUCGGGAAACGUGGAGGGGCGGGCCGAAUAUCAUCGCAUCAAACGACGGCUCGUACUUUGUCGCCGCGGAUUGUCUCUGGCACGACCGCAACCGUAUUUUGGCGGAGGAAAUAAAAGAUUAUGCCAGUCUAAAAGAAACCCCAUGGGCUGGGGGAAAGUUGGCGUCUACGCUUUCAAGUUGUGCUCGGUGCAAAAUUGACGCCACGUCCGCCAUUUUCUCCAAUUGGCCGAGGGAACAAGUCACUGAAAACCUGGUGAAACAAUCCAUUCUGGACAGGGCAAAACUAUACCGUAGUUGCCGGAUAAAUUAUAUUCAUGGGGCAUUGGGUCUGCAGGAGAGCCCGUACGGUCACGCUGGCGAGGUUUACGGCGACAUCCACCAGAAACUGUCUCGGGCUCGCGCUCGGGCAAUUUGCCCCGUUAAACGACAGGCAAAACACACGGGAGACAGUCUCUUUGGUAGCAUCCCGCUGCGCCAGACUUUGUGUGUUCGCCGCAAGGGCGGGGUUGAACCAAAGGACCAUUUAUUUGGUUCCCUGCACGUGGAAGAAAAAAAAUAUUUAUAA